GACGAGUUCGCUCCGACGGAGGUCAGAGCCGUGGCUGUGCGUCACGAAUACAUAGUAAGGGAGCGACCGAGUGCAGAUUUGCUGGCGUUUUUUAGUCACAGCGAAGAGGACAGACUUGAUAUGGUAGGAGAAGAGAGCCAACUUUUAGUCCUCCCUGGUUUUCGGUUCUCCUUUGCCGUAGCAGCUGCACCAUCGAGCCGAGGUAGCUCCUUCUUGCGCGAGGCCUCGCAAGGCAGCGAACAUCAACAGCAUUUAUGCCAUUUUCAAAUCAUGGUGUUUGUUUUUUAUGUUCCCUCCCUUCCCUUUGAUCCUGAUAGUAGCAUGGUGGAUGCUCCUCAGGCAUCUUGCUGAUGAGUCGGUGUAGAGUUCUGAUUUACUUAGACAAUUAUUGAGAAUAAAUCCGUUGCAAUACAACUCUAGUAGUACUAGUCAGAUGUCUCAUAGGUGCUUCUCUAGGUGUAUCUUGGAGGCAAUCAUUAUAGGGAGGCAUGAUGAUCGUAUAGAUACAACUCGCUCUAAACAAGCUGCCUGGAGACCAACACGCUUCCAUCUCCGGCGUCGUAAAGUCGACGCGCAUAAGCGUGACCGUAGUCGACAUCGACCUGGAAAGCGUACCGAUCCGAGAUCUUGAGCGCAUUAUCGGAGCACUGCCGCCAAUUGUUUUCGCUGCCUUCCGGUUUUUGGCAUUAUUUCUGAAGCGAACCGGUUUGCUGCGUCGUGAAAAAGUCAUGGUUUUAAGGCCUCACUUGAUCCAUCUUUUAGAAGCCCAUCUCUGCGCUCUUUUCAAGUAGAAAAACGGACAUCAUAGGUGAGGGCGGAAAAGAUGGAUUGAUGUAGUGAGUUCUAAUCGCGAGAGAGGAGACCAGCAAUAGCACGAGAGAUGAACUUGUUGGGGCAGGUGUGGAGCAGAAUGCAUUAAAGAAGGAGAUGACAGAAGGAAGCAUCGGCCUGGAAGAAGCAACCGCACUGUGGUUUCUGAGGUCACGGUUUACGCUAGAAAGGGUGUGGUCCAUAGCUCUGCUCGAAGUAACGGCCUUAGGCGAACUGUUGACGCUCUUGCUCGCAUCGUUGGAGGAAUUGCUGGGUCUACGACUCGAGCGGACGGAUCUAGCACUAGAAUUCUCAGAACUUGUGACUACAACCGCUGAAGAAGGUGGUGGAUCGCAGCAACUACGAGAAGGACAGCAACACGGAAGAUAUCAACAUUACUGCGACCACCAGGUAAUGGCUCGGCCGCAGGAUAUUACCUCUGCACAACCUUGUCUCUACAACCCCUUUUUUCCUCUGCAAAUCAAUGGCAGUACUUCUACAGGAGACGCAUUCGAGCAGCAGUACCAUGUUGAGCAGCAGUACCAUGCAACACCCUACCCAACGGUGAUAGCUCUGACACCGACGGCUCUGGGAGCAGGAUUUGGGUUUCCUAAAUUUGGGUUUCCUAGUACGAGCCCCCAUACGAGUCCAAAUGCAACUGCUGGGGUUUUAGGCUUGCAACAUCCUCCAUAUUAAGGCUCAGUUUGCAAUUCAUUUCUAGCAGGUUUUUUCGCUUUUUUCUUCUUAGGAUUCAUUGGGAGAAAUGCAGGCAAGAAAUGAACUCUUUUGAGCUCUAACCAUAUCUGCAAGAAUACCCUCCACAAGAUUUUUCCGCACAAGAAUCUUCUUCAGGGACCCACUAUUUCGAUAUCGCGUCGCCGGUCGGUGCAUUCGCGUCCAAUAUGGAUAAUCUUGAUAGCAGCUGCAAAAGAAUCUAUGGAGGCCCGCGGUUUCCAUAUGACCGAACGUUACGGUUUUCCACAUUGCAUCCUGCACUUGCAUCCUCGGCCGUUUUUCAAGUGAAAAAUGGGCAAAUGAUGUUCGGAAGAAUGCAAUGCGGCAACCUCUAAGAACGUCAGAAAAAGCGACAUCCUCGUCGAUGCUGCAGUCCUACGCUAAUAAUAGCUAAGGAACCUACGUGAAAUCAAUCAACAGUGUCUAAGCGUAGCCUUAUUGUCGUAGUUGUGAACGUUCUAUAGGGAAAACAAUACAAAGUACCAACUUGACUCUACACUAAAGAAAUGAAUUAAAAAGUUGGUAGAACAUAUCUUCAAUCUUCAUGGUGCGCACACCUACUAGAAUGACACUUCUUCAUCUGCUAGCUCUACUUCAUACAAUUUGAAGCAGAAUUCGUGAUGUCUGCGUUUACUUGCAGGGUUCUUGCCUUAAAUCUAAUCUAGCAAUGAAGCAGGAGCUAACACGUCAUGGGUUCCGCAGGGACUGCAUACUAGUGCGCAGUUUUAUAACCAACGACUAGUACUACCACUAGAUCGUCUACUUGAACCGUCUAUGCAAACGAGACCACAGCAGCAGCAGGAGGAGCGACAUGAUUCGCAAAGAAGCCGUCUUGCAGCAAGAUCGCCAAGUAGGCGACAUGUGAGUCGUACUCCGAGUCCCAACCCGCACUAUUCUCCCUACCUGUCUCGCAGCACUACAGAC